GAACUUUUUUUCUCUCGAUUUUAAGCUGCUUUGAAAAACUUUAAAUUUACAUUUCUUUUGACUCGGCAUGACAUUUGUUGGAGACCGUAUUAUCUUUUGUGAUGCUGCUGACAUAUUCGCUCUAAUGAGUCCACAGAAACAACGUGAAACACCUCAUCGGCAGACUCACCUUGGUCACACAAGAAGUGAACUACUAAUCUUGCUUUCAUCGGUAUAUCCUAGCUGGGUCGUGUGCACCAUAUCAUUGUUAGAUACAAAUAUAUCGGCACCAUAGGCGGGCUAAGAUAUUAGAUAACCCAAUAAUUAAGACAACAAAUUGCAUGCAUCUAUUUCUUUUCCAUAAUUUGAUUUAAAAUAAAUCAGCAAGAAGAUAAAAGCUCUUGGCAGUUUGAUAAACAUAACGCGUUAAUUUGUUAGGGUAGACGAAUGUUAGGUUGACACGACCGUAGGCCUUUAACAUUUAUCAAAGAUUUAACGCUCGAUGCACGUGAAGAAUAACACUUUAAUCUUAAACAUCCUGACGAUAAUAUUUUAGAAGUGACUAUGAAUUUAUUGAAGUUUCUCCACCCAUUACAAUAUGAGGCCUACAUUGAUAUCAUAUUGAGAAGAUAAACCGGCUUUAUUACUUGCAGAUAUUUCACCACAUUCUUGCUCUAUCAUAUUUAAUGUCACAGUACAGAUUCCGCCCUGGAAGGUAUAAAUCUUUCAUAUGCACAUAUGAUUUCAUAUAGAUCCGCGUUCAGACUCUUAAAAGCGUUUUUGAGGAUAUUUUUUACACUGUUCAGACUACGUUUUGUGCGACCACAUGCUCAUUUUGUCGAUUUCCAAUUCUAUGAAAUUAUGUUCAGCCGACUUGAGGUAAAGGUAUACGGCGUGGAUCUGGUGGACAUUGUAACAGGUAAAGCUUAUCAAAAUGAAAUUAUCCACCUACAUACAUGUAUUUCUAUGUCAUCCAUUAUUCCUGAAUUAUCCCUGUAGUUUGUCUUGUUUAUUCUUCCAAAACUGUGUAAAUAAUACAUCGUAAAAUCUAAAUAUUUUCCCAACUUGCAAAUAUUAAUGGUACAUUAGCUUUACAAACAUAUAAUACUCUAAAUACAUGUAAUUUGUAUAUCUACAUGCAUCUUGACGUUGUGUGAAUCAUAAUGACAAUCGCAGCCAAACCUUAAUAGUCGCCAUCCAAUUCACAGUGUGAUGUCGGUGAUUCUUAUGGAUAUUUCUAUAGGAAAACAAGACAAAUGCAGAACACAAAGGACAGAUUUAAAAAACAGAGUGCAAGAUUCAAAGUUACAAGUUGCGUGAACGUGAAUGACAGUGAAACAUAUUUUUUGCAGUGGGAAGACAUUUAAAGUUCUAAAUGAUACACGGUUCGUUUAUAUAGAUGAAUUAAGCUACAAAUAAGUAUCAAUGUUUCAUCUUUCUCCAUUGAAUAAAGACAUAAAUGAAAGUAGAUUGGAACAUUCUCUUACCAUGAAGGAAUACAGACGCCCGUCGCUGUCCGUUAUUGACGAAACCAACAACAACGACGGGGAGAAAUCCAUUCUACUGCCAUCAAUAACUGUGACAAAUUGUGAGGAUGUGCAGCCACUCAGUGAUGACGAAGUAUCGUCUGUUACGUCAUCCAGGAGUGGAAGUGAAACUGAUUUGGCUCAUUUAAAAGUGACUGCCACGAGACUUCGAUUAGCCACUAGAAGGUCGAGUAUAGUGGAAUGGAAAGAACAAUAUCUUGAAAGACCUCGACGGAGAUCAAAACCCGAUUUAAAAGUGGAUUUUGAUCAAAAUAAGAAUGACAUUUUAACCGAGGAUAGGAAAGAUAGAAUAAAUGAAGCUUUGGUGUGGAUAAAAGACGAAUUGCAAGCGAUGAGAAUACAGGACCAGACAUUAGCUAGAACACUUUUGUCUUUACGUCAGGAUAUCCAUCAGCUUAAACUAAAUCGGAGUUGUCAAGAGCACAGAGAAAUGCUGGAUGGUGUUACAAAAGAUAUGGAAGAAAUACAACAACUUAAAGACAUAAGCGACCUUCAUGUGGAUACGGUGGAAAAUCCUCUGAAACACUUAGGGGUUACGUCAUACAAUUUAACUGCCAGACGUUUCUCAACAUGUUGAAUUAAUAAUGUUUUUGUGUUGAAUUAGAAAUUGUUUUGUACAUUAAUGACGCGUAUCGUUGAUUUGUAUUUUUAUAAGCUAAUGGAAAGUGUAUGUUGAAACGGGACACCUGCAAUAACUACAGUACUAAAACUGUAAAACGAUUAGUGAAAAUACCCAUGAAAUCCUUACGAUCACGAUUGUUCAUGGUCAAAUAAAUACAUUUAUGUUAAAA